AUGAGUGAGACUGACUUUAAUAUUUCAGAACUUUUUGAAUUAACGAAAGAUUACAGUGAUGCUUUCAACGCAUUAUACAGGCUCCACACUUUCGACGAAGGUGAAAUUGAAAAAAUUUACCAAAAUAUCAAAAACAAAAUAAUCGAAACAAAAAUAAUUUCUCCAUCGAAAUUUCUUGAAUCUAUUUCACAUGCAUUACGACACAACAAUCGUUAUUUGAAAUCAUAUUUUCGGAUUUUCGAAAAAUUAUAUGAAGAUUAUCAUCCGGAUAAAGUUGAUUGUAUUAGUUUUAGUGGUGGAUUUGAUAAACUUAUUUACGACAAAUAUAAAUUUUCAUAUAAGCAUCCAGAUACUCAUAAAGAUUUUUCAAUUGAGUUCCUCAACGAAAACACAAUUUACAGAUCAAUACUGGAUGAUGACAUUAAAUCAUUUAUAGGCUUCACAGAAAGAAGUAGAUUUGAUGAAAAGCAAAUAAUAGAUAAUAGUUUGUUUCCACGUGAAUAUCAUAAGAUUGGUUGGCUUGAGUUAUGUUGUUACUAUGAUUCUGUAAACUGUUUUAAGUUUUUGAGAACAAAAUUUAAUUCAAAAAUCACCAAAACAUGCCUUGGAUUUUCAUUUUUAGGAGGAAAUCAAGAAAUAAUAAUAGAAUGUCUUAAAUAUGAAAAACCAGAUACUGAUUGCUCGGAAUAUGUAAUUAUUGCACACAACAAUGACUUUAUCAAUUUUUUGAUCACUGAAUGCAAUGUAACAAUUUAUUUAUCUAAGUGUCCGGAUUACAAUAAUGUUGAUGCAUGCUUGAUAUAUUUUGAUAUCAAAAAGAGCUUCAAAGAAAAUUUGACAUUUAUUUGUGAAUUUCAAAUACCAUCUCUUUGUAAAUAUUUCAUUUUACAUGGUGCAGAUGUUAAUAUUGAAAAAUCGAAUAAAACAGCAGCUUAUUAUGCAGCAAAGUUUAAUUGGAAAGAAAUAUUAGAACUUCUUAUUUCACAUGGAUUAGAUAUCAAUCAGCAUCAUGCACUUUUUGCUGCCGCAAUUUAUAAUCAUGUAGAAAUGGCUGAACUUCUCCUUGCAAACGGCGCUAAUAUAAAUAAGAUAGGCCCUUAUAACUAUACACCCAUUCUUGAAGCUGUAGAGCAUAAUAGUAAUGAAAUGAUUGAUUUCCUUUAUUCACAUGGUGCUGAUAUCAAUGUGUAUGAUUUGGGAGGAAGUGGGGUUCUCUAUUUUGCAGCAGAAAAUAAAAAUGUUGAGAAAGCAGAAUUUUUCAUUUCACAUGGUCUAGAUCUAAAUAAAGAUCCCUCAAAAUGUAUUAAGCCUCUUUUCCUUGCAGUGAGAAAUAAUCUCCCAAGAAUAGUAGAACUUCUGAUUUCACACGGUGUAAAUAUAAAUGCCGAAGAUAAAAAGGGUAAAGUACCUCUUCAUUAUGCAAUAAAAAAUGAUAGUGUCAGCAUAGCAAGACUCCUUAUUUCCCAUGGAGUUGAUUUCAAUGCAAUAACUUAUAAAAAUCAAACAUUUCUUCAAUAUGCAGUAGAACAUCAUGGUUAUGAAGUUCCAAAACUUCUUAUUUCACUUGGUUCUGACAUUCACCAAAUCGAUAGUGAUGGCUGA